AUGCCUAAAAGCGAGCGCAUCGUGCGCCUAAACUACCACUGGCCCGAGAUCCAACUCAACAUCUGGCUGAUUGUCGUCCUCUCGGGCUCAGCAACAUGCCUCGGAAUAUUCGCCUGGUUUAUGACGGUGCAGAGCCAAAUGGAUCUAGGGACGCCUUGGCUCUUCCCGUUCAUGGUAGUAUCCAGUGCCCUCGGCGUAUUCUUCAUCUUCCUUGUCCUUGGCCUGAUCGCUCGCCGACUCUUAUUACCGGGGAUCUUGAUCUUAGGCAGUUUUAUCCUCUUCGUGCUAUGGUUAACGGGCCUGAUUGAGACGGCGCUGCAGUUAUACGGCGUGGUCGGGAAUGUCAAUGACAAUUGCCAGAUCUACGUGACGGACAACGUGUCGCGUGGGAAUAAUAUCGACACGCUGGCGUGGUUGACUCAGCUCACCAUAUGUAAUUGCUGGAAAACGGCUUUUGCGUUCGAGGUUGUCAAUUGCGUUUUCUACAUUUGGAUGAUUGUGAUGUCCUGGCAGGUCCAUAGGGAUUUCUACCGAUAA